CUGACGAUGGAGCAACUAGCUCAGUUCGUUUCAAAGAGCUUUGAUCAUAAGGCUAUUGUGGAUUGUGAUUCUAAAAAAAAUUGUGGUACUCCUAUGGCUGAUUCAAUUACUACGACAAUAAGUUCUAUUGAUACUAAUACAACAACUACUACUUCUACUUCAGCUAGGACUAUAAUUACACUUAGUGUUGCUCAUCUUAUUGGAAAACUUAAAGAUUCUUCGACUGAUCAUUAUAUAAUUUCAAACGUAUCAGAUCAGUUACGGGACGAACCAAAAAAAAUAACAGAAGAAGAAAUUGAUAAUGAACCAAGUUCUCCAGAGACUGAAGUAAAACUUCAACCAGAAAAAUUUUCAAUCAUUCCAAAACAUUUAGAAAAUUCAAAAAAAGAAAAAUCAGAUAAAAUUAUUGGAAUUGUUGUUUCAAAAAGAACACCAAAACUUCAUUGGUCAACAAAAAAUUUUCGUGAAUGCAAUCUUUCCCUACAAUCGCCUAAUCAUACAAUUGAUGAGUCAACUUUUUGUGAAGAAAAUGUGAAUCGCAGUGUAUUAAAUGAUGGAAACACUAACACAGGUAACAGUGAUCGAUCAAAUGGAAUUGACAAUUCUAUUGGCAACGCUAAACAACGACGAUCAAGAACAAAUUUUACCCUGGAACAAUUGGCUGAGUUAGAGCGUCUUUUUGACGAAACCCAUUAUCCAGACGCAUUCAUGCGAGAAGAGUUGAGUCAACGCUUGGGAUUAUCAGAAGCCAGAGUACAAGUUUGGUUUCAAAAUCGACGUGCUAAAUGUCGAAAACAUGAGAGCCAGCUUCAUAAAGGAAUUUCUAAUGGAAUUAUUUUAGCACCUAGAAGUCAAUUGACAUCACUUGAACCUUGUCGUAUAUCACCUUAUCUUCCAGCUUUACGUCUACAUCCAUCAAUUUCAUCGUCUAAUUUUAAUUCAUCAAAACCUCACUUGACUGGUUCAGCAUUUGAUCCUGCAGCAGAACUUCAUUAUACAAUAACUGGAGGUCCAUUUGGUGUACCUCCAACACCUCCUGCUUUUACACAUCAUUCACUUGAUUUGGCAGCAUCUUUAGCUGCUGCUUCUGCACGAUCAAAAAAUAGCAGUAUUGCAGAUUUAAGACUCAAAGCUCGACGGCAUCAAGAAGCUUUAGGUCUUGAUAGUCCAGCAUAGAAUUGACAAUUAAUUUGUUUAUUAUAUUUUUUAAUAUAUAUUUGUAUAGAUAUUUGAUUAAUUAUAGUUUUCCAUUUAUUUAUUUAUACUAAUUGUGAUUUUUUAGUGUUUUCAUUAUUUACCAUUAUAAAUAUAUACAUUUGUAACAUCAUUUCGUAACCGUCCAAUUUUUUUUAAACACAUGUUAUAAAUGUCUUUUGAACAAAUGCCUGUUAAAUAUUUUUAUUUGUGUUAUGAUGUUUUAAAAACAAGUAGAUAUUUAUGUUAAUUAUAAAACAAAUGUAGAAAUUAUCAUUGCGAUUAAAUAAUAUUAAAAUAAAAAAUAGAACAUUGUGCGAAACAAAAUCAAAGUAUAUAAAUAUUGCCAACGCAUAUAUUGACCAGUCAAUAUUUUAUAAAAAUCAUAAUUUGAUGUAUAAUCGAUUAAAAAUCAUAAACUCAUGUCAUCAAAUAUACAUAGCCUUUAUUUAAUUUUUAAGAAAAAGAAAAAAAAAAAAUUAUCAAUUUAAAAAAUUUAUGAGAUAUUAAUAAUUUCUUUCAUCAAAUUUCGAUAAAAUUUAGAAUAUUUUGAAUAAAAUAAUAAAAAUUUAUUGUAUAA